AUGAUAGUGGCAAAGAUUACCACCGUACGUGUCUUGCUCGCACUUGCAGCUAGCAAGUCUUGGAAGCUUUGGCAGAUAGAUGUGAAGAACGCCUUCUUGCGUGGAGAAUUGCAUCGAGAAAUAUACAUGGAGCAGCCACGAGGGUUUGAGAGUAAAGCUCACCCUGACUACGUCUGUAAGUUAAGAAAAGCUCUUUAUGGGUUAAAGCAAGCACCAAGAGCGUGGUAUGGCAAGAUAGCAGAGUUUCUAGUACAAAGUGGAUAUUUAGUGGCUCCAGGAGACUACGUAGAAGAAAUCCGUCAAACAAAACAAAAUUUAGCAGUCCGCUUCCGCUUGGAGAACUUAAGCAUUUUCUCGGCCUUGAGGUGGAUCGCACGAAGGAAGGCCUGUUCUUGUGCCAGCAAAAGUAUGCGAAAGACUUCAUACAGAAGUAUGGGAUGUAGGAGUGCAAGCCUAUCUCAACCCCAAUGGAGGAACAUGCCAAAUUGUGUGCAGCAGAAGGAAAAGAUUUGGAAGAUACCACUAUAUAUAGUAUAG